UCUGAAAUGACAGGUUGUUUGUAAACAGAAACGAGUUGGGGAGAGUCGAUUGUCGAAUACGUUAAAAAUGUAGCUGUACUUCCUAAAUGUAUAUUGACUAAUAACUCUCCACCAUUUAAGCUCAGACACCAGGAGCAUCGAUAAUUUAACCUAUAUCGGUCAAGAUAUUUAUGACCCAAGCACCUGGGUAAACCAGGAUUACAUGAAUCACUGCAAACAAACCACAAGCAACUCGACAUAAAUAACUGCUUUUCACUCGAAGGUAAAAAAAUCAAUCGUAUUCACGCUCAAAGAGAUGGCAGAUUUAAAAAGUGACGACAAAGAUAUUGAAGGUGUCGAACAUCUUGAUUCCAGUGAGGCUUCAGGUGUCACCAUGCUUACAGAAAAUCCAGAAAAGAAACCCCAAACAGAAUUAACGAAAGAACAGCUGUAUCUGAGGGAAUAUUUUGCCAAAGCAUUCGGACUUCGACCUCCACCAAAACAAGUCCUAUCGACAGUGGAUAUUGAAGGAAUAGCUAGACUAAUCUUGGAAGGCAAGGUUAAAAAUGUCAUCACCAUGGCUGGGGCCGGCAUUUCCACUUCUGCAGGAAUUCCUGACUUCCGUUCUCCAAAGACUGGAUUGUAUGAUAAUCUGGAAAAGUUUAAUCUGCCUAAUCCCCAGGCCAUUUUCUCACUGGAUUAUUUCAAGGAGAACCCAGUUCCCUACUUUACAGUCAGAAAAGAAAUGCUCUUAGGAAAUUACAAGCCAACACCAUGCCACUAUUUCAUCAGAAUGCUUGCAGAACGAGGACUCCUACUUAGGCAUUACACACAGAAUAUCGAUGGCCUGGAACGUAUUGCUGGGAUUGAUCCCGACAUGAUGGUUGAAGCACAUGGUUCUAACAGAGUGGGGCAUUGCUUGGACUGUUCAGCAGAAUACACACAUAAGUGGAUAAAAAAUAUCCUAAGGAGAGAUCAAAUUCCAAAAUGUUCUGCAGAAGGGUGUUCUGGAAUAAUUAAACCGGAUACGGUUUUCUUUGGACAGAGACUUCCGAGUAGGUUUUUCGAGCUUACGGAUCAGGACUUUGAAAAGUGUGAUCUGCUUAUCAUCCUGGGAACAUCUCUGAAAGUCCAGCCGUUUGCGAAAUUACCAAUCAAUGUUCCAGAUGAAACUCCUAGAUUGUAUAUUAAUAUGGAGAAAAACGUAUCGGGCUCGAAACACCCGUUGGCGGUGCUGGUCUUCGGUGGGGGAUUUAAGUUUGACGAAGAGGACAACUAUCGAGAUGUCUUCUUGCAAUCCCCGUGCGACGAAGGUUGUUCCAAACUAGCAGAUCUUCUGGGAUGGGGAGAUGAAUUAAGAUACCUUGUAACAAAGGAGCAUGCCAAGCUUGAACAGGAGUUCAAAGAGGAAGAACAGCACUGUGCAAUCGAAGCAUCAGUCAGUGUUACAAAGGUCUCGGUCAUUACGACACAAGUUCCGGUCAGUUCGACACAAGUUCCGGUCAGUUCGACACAAGUUCCGGUUAGUACGACACAAGUUCCUGUCAGUUCGACACAAGUUCCGGUCAGUACGACACAAGCUCCUAUCAGUACGACACAGAACCCAGUCAGAGAUGUGAAGAGUUCGAGCAAUAAAUCUCACAACCAGAAGACUAGUCAAAUUGGACAAAAAGAACAUGGUACAAAAAUGAAACCAAAUGCGUCCAGAAAUCAAAAAUCCGCAGCCAAGACACGAAAGAAGUGAAAAUGUACAUAGAUGAAGUAAAAACUGAAACCUUUGAAACUUUAAAUGAUAUUUCUUCAUUCCAUUCCCACCGACUCAUUUCAUCUCCAGACUUUGUCAAUCUAAUGAUUCAUGGGAACAGUAAUUCACACAGGAAUGAGUUCGUUCCAAAUAUGUGUUCAUAAUCAUUCAUAUCAUAAUACUAUAUUUGCUUGAGUUUACGAUAAAACCUAAGAACUGUACGGAAUAUAUAAUAUGAUGUUCAUGAAAACCUUUGGAAAUUUCAUUUGUUUAAAAAGUAUAUGUGACUCUUAGUUUACUUUUAUUCAUGGAAAUUGGUCGAAAGUCCGAUAUUAAAACAUUGUUUGUUUUCUCUU